AUGAAGAUCUCAGUAUUGUAAUAUUGAUUAUAAAGAUCAGGAAAAAUGAAAUAUCUGGUUCAUAGAUUGAGGAAAAAUAAGAGAUUACUUCUGUUAUUGAAAAUCCAAAGAAAACAAGACGAAUAUUCUAAGCAGAGCUUUAAGAAUUAGGAUAGAAUAGAGGAUAGGAUUAUAAAUUUCCUGAUCUUUAAUUCAGAAUUUUACAAAUUUCUUUCAAACUGCUUGUUAUGCCUCCAUUUCCCCUUAUAAAUCAAAAGAAUGAAAUUCUAGGCAGAUAAGAUAAAGGAAUAAGGAGAUAUUGA